UGACGUCACUUCCUGUUUGGCGCCGCUAGGAGGAAAUGCUUGAGCGAGCUUGAAGAAGGAAACAGAAGAAGACAUGGCUGAACUGUCACUGUAUCUCACAAACGUCAACGUGUCUCUAGGGCAAACUAUGGACACAGAGAAGAGCUCUACAGUGGUGAAAGAGUUUGAAAGUGUGGAACUUGGAGAUCUGGGGAGAAAGCAGCCAAAGAUUCCUCGCAGAACAAUCUACUUUGCAAGUGGUGAAACCAUGGAGGAGUUCAGUACAGAUGAUGAGGAGGAGGAAGAACCAGAGAAAAAGAGCACUCUAAGUACACCUGAUCCGGCAAAGUUGACCUGGGGUCCAUACGUCUGGUUCCAAAUGUGGAGAGUGGCUACCUCUACCAUCUCAGUUUGUGACUAUCUUGGGGAGAGAAUGGCCUCACUGCUUGGAAUCACAACUCCAAAAUAUCAGUAUGCAAUUGAUGAGUACUACAGGAUGAAGAAGGAGGAGGACGAGGAAGAAGAAGAGAACCAGCUCUCUGAGGAGGCGGAGCGUCGUUUUGACGAGCAGCAUAAUCAGCAGGGCCAGCAGCCAAAGAUUGAGCAACCAGAGGCAACUGCUUCCUUUGUGAAUAUGUCCUUUGAACUCGAACAGGAAUCCCAUACAACACCUGAUGCUAAUAAAGUGCCUGCCCCCAUUCCCUCCUAAAAUACUGUUAGAUUGAAAUUCAUAUUAGAUUAUUUUACCUUAAACAUAAGUACAAGGUUUGCUAGAUUAUUUUAUAACAUAUGAAGUUGAAUUUGAACAUGAAGGUACAUGUUUAUGCAUAGCUGACAAUAGUUCUGCUUUAAAUGCAAAACUAUUUUAAUAAUCAUUUUAUAAAGCCAUACAUUAAACCUUUUUGUACAUAAGUAGUUAAUGGAAAAUCCUUUUUGUCACUACAACAAUUCUUUGUACAUUUUUGCUAAUUAUAAACACUACAACAACUGCAUGGAGUCUUUGAAAGUCAUGUCAAUGGUCAGAUGGGAAAACUCUCUUGCAUUUAUGCACUGCAUUUAGAGCAGACAACAUUCAAUCUGAGAGAAGUUAUUUUUUUUUUAUGUGAACAAUAUUUUUGCUGUGUAUGAGGUGUGCGCUCCACCUAUGGCACAAAUUUUGAGUAAAAAAGUUUCUACUUUCUCACACAAAUGGAAAUUCAUUUCAUUUUGAAAAGUAUAAUUUAUUUGUGUACAAAUGUUUUUUUGUUGUUUUUUUAAGGUGAAAAAAUACAUCUACUUUUCUAUAUAAAUGUAGGUGAAAUAAAACAGCUUGUUUUGCACAUAAUGACUUAAUAAACAUUUCAAUAUACAACUUUACUA